AUGUCAUCUACGGACAUUGAAAAGCCCCCUAGUGUCGAACGGAUCGAGGAUAUCGAUAAGCCUGAAAUCCAUGAUGUGGACUACGAUGAGGAGUUCACGCCUGCAGAGCAGCGCAAGAUCAUCCAUCGGGUCGAUCGUCGCUUGGUGACUAUGGCUGGUUUGGCGUAUUGCAUUUCGCUUAUGGAUAGGACGAAUCUAAGCAUGGCUGCGGUUGCAGGUUCUACACUUUCUGUAUUAUUGGAUGUAACUGCUGACAAGGGACAGUCUGUCGUGAUCCUCGUUUUCUUUAUACCCUACGUGGUCUUCCAACCUCCGAUGACGGUGAUUAUCCGGAAGGUGGGCCCGACUCUGUUUCUGGGCACUCUGGUCAUAUCGUGGGGAGCAAUUCUCGUUGGAAUGGGCUUUGUCAAGAACUGGAAGCAAAUGGUCGCAAUCCGUGUGCUCCUUGGUGCACUAGAAGCAGGUUACUUUCCCGGCUGCGUGUACCUCCUGUCAAGUUGGUACGCCCGAUAUGACAUCCAAAAGCGAUACUCGGUCUUUUACCUUAUCGGCUGUGUCGCAUCAGCACUAGCCGGGGUACUUGCCUUUGGUUUGAUGCAGAUGGGAGGCAUUCAAGGCAUAUCAGGAUGGAGAUGGAUAUUCAUUAUGGAGGGCGUGAUUACGGGCGCUAUCGGACUGUUGACCUUUGUCUUCAUGGUUGACUUCCCUGAAAAGGCACACAAGUCUUGGAAGUUUCUGAACGAGAGGGAAAGUGCUUUCAUUGUGAGACGCAUUAACCGAGACCGUGCCGAUGGUAACGAAGAGCCCUUUACGUUCAAGCGAUUCUUCAGCCCGGCAUUCGACCUGAAGAUCUGGGGUUUUGCAUUGAUUUGUCUAUGCAGCACUACGGUCGCGUACGCCAUCGCAUAUUUCCUGCCCAUCAUCCUCCAAGAGGGAAUGGGCUUCAGCACCGGCGCCUCACAGUGUCUGGUCGCACCUCCCUACGGCUUUGCAGGCAUAGUGAUGUACACGACAGCCUGGAUCAGCGAUCGCUAUCGUAUGCGGGGACCCAUCGUGGCGUUUAAUGCCGUAGUCGGCAUCAUCGGCCUUCCCCUGAUGGGAUUUGCUAAGGGCAAUGCCGCGCGCUACGUGGGGGUGUUUCUGGUGGUCGCCGGGGCGAAUUCCAAUAUCCCCGCUGUCAUGGCCUAUCAAGCCAACAAUAUCCGAGGCCAGUGGACGCGCGCGUUCUGCAGCGCGACGCUCAUUGGAGUUGGGGCCAUUGGGGGGAUUAUCAGUAGUCUGGUGUUUCAGUCGAAAGAUGCGCCAGAAUAUCGACCGGGAAUAUGGACGACUAUUGCGUGCAACCUUGUUACGAUGAUCACGGUGGCUGCACUGAGUGUGUGGUUCCGAUAUGCGAAUAAGCAAGCCGAUCGGGGAGAGCGUGUUAUUGAGGGGUCCUCCGAUUUCCGGUAUACUAUCUAG